AUGGAAGUUCCUAAUAACGUUCAUCAGAUACCGGAUUUUCCAAGAGAUAUUCCGGCAGCAAUAGCUCAGCGUGAUCUUCCACAAAAUAGAGAAAUGGAGGAAAAGAGUUCUGAUGCCCUUCAGCACUGGAAUCUUUUUGGUUUGAAAGAAGACGAAAGUUUUGUUUCAAAUGAAAACACGUUUUUCAAGGUGUCUGUAAAGAUUCUGAAAGCUCUGGUGUACCUCUUAACAUUUGCCAUUGUCCUUAGUUGUGGAGUUAUCUCUAAAGGAACUCUACUUUUUAUGACCUCUGCUAUCGAAAAAGGAAGACAUUUUACAAUUUGUAACGAAAUAAUGGGAACAUUGCUUCUCAUCUUCGUUGUCUUCCCCCAAAUUCAUUCCAUGAGAUCCCUUUCUCUUACAAGCGCCAUUUGUUUCUGUUCAUCUUUCUUAAACCUGAUUACAGUAUGGGACUUGCGAUGCAGAAGAGAAUCAAUGACAAGAAGAGCAUUCGACAUAGCUGCUCUUCUUUUUCAAACGAGUGGAGUUGGGUUGUGCAUCGCCUUCUCAUUUAUAGAGCCUGAUAAUCGAGGACUAUGGUGGUGCGCCGGUGUGUCGCUGUUACUCACUUCUUUCGCCUGGUGGGAAAAUUUCGUGAACGAAGACUCCUCGGUUUUUACAGUUCUCGUUGACAUUAAGUCAGAUGUGGAAGAAAGUCGCUCAUUCAUCUAUUUAUUUAUUUCAUUGUGGAAAAUGGUCUUCACGUUUGUAACAUUAUUAACGCAUUUAGCCAUUCAUGACGAUGUCAAGAGUUUUUUCAGUGAAUUUAAGAAACAUUUUCAAGUUCACAAUGUAACGUCUUCCAUUUUGACUGUAGGGGACGCUAUUGGGGAAGAUUUGGAAAUACCGAAUCAUAUGACCAUUUCUCCUGAAUUUAUUCCACCACCGCUAUUUUCCAAUCCUACUCUUCCGUUGGUCGUAACCCUACUCCACAUAGUAGGAAGCUAUGUAUGCUACACAUGUGGCAGAUUCGUGUGUAAAAUCUGCAUUCAGGUUUUCAGCUAUGCUCUGCCAGUAUGUCUGACAGUCCCGUUGACACUCUGUUUGCUGAUAACAGCUUGUAGUAUGAGGAUUCAGUCCACGUGCGCUUUUGCCGAGCUGACGCCCUAUUUGUUCUGGAGCUGUCCAAAAGAUCUGCCUACAUUUCUUUUCAAGGAAGGAGGAUUUGUGUUAAUUUUUUGGAUUGUCUCCCAAGUGAUUAUAACCAUCCAUAUUUGGACACCAAAAGAGAAAAGAAUGGCAUCUACCAAUGAGUUAUUUGUAAAUCCUUUGUACAGCACAGCCUUUAUCGAUCAAAGCCUUGCAUUGAAUCGAAGAAAAGAAAAGCCGGUAAGAACACUAAGCUGUAAUUUUGGAAAAUUAUUGAAUCUCCACUCAAUAUUUUUCAUGAUUUUAUCUUAUAUGAGCUUGUAUGAUUCGGCUGUUGCUGUGGAGGAAGCUUUACGAGUUCAUCAGCCCCCUCGCAUUCUAGCUUGCGCCACUAUGUGGCACGAGACCCUUGACGAAAUGGAGCAGUUGCUCAAGUCGAUUAUGAGAAUGGAUGGAGAUCAAUGCUCUCGAAGAUUGCUGCAGGAACAAUUGAACUGGAAAGACCCAGAUUAUUACGAAAUGGAAGCUCACAUCUUUUUUGACGAUGCUUUCGUCAUCAGUGAUGAAGACGAUGAUAAGAUGGUUGUGAACAGUUUCGUAAAGGAACUCAUCGUGGCUGUUGAUACCGCCGCUGGAAAAGUAUACGAUACAGAGACUUUUCAACGUCUAGAACCGCCUCUGAAAGUCCCGACCCCGUACGGAGGAAGGCUCAUUUGGAGGUUACAAGGAGAUAAUUUAUUGAUUGCUCAUCUCAAGAACAAAGAACUGAUACGACAUAAGAAAAGAUGGAGUCAGGUGAUGUACAUGUAUUACCUUCUUGGAUAUCAGCUCAUGGAUCCUGAUGUUCACGAAAGCGUUCGAGAAUUGUUAGCAAGAAAUACGUUUAUUCUAGCUUUGGACGGAGACAUAGAUUUCAAACCAGAAGCGGUCGGACUUCUUGUAGAUCUCAUGAAGAGAGAUCAGAAUUUAGGAGCAGCAUGCGGACGAAUCCAUCCCGUUGGAACAGGAAUGAUGGUAUAUUAUCAGAAGUUCGAAUAUGCUAUUGGUCAUUGGCUACAAAAGGCGACAGAGCACAUGAUUGGUUGCGUCCUUUGCAGUCCGGGAUGUUUUUCUCUUUUUAGAGCUGAAGCAUUAAUGAAAGACAAUGUGGUGCGAAGAUAUGCAACGAAAUCAAAAGAAGCCAUUGAAUAUGUGCAAUUUGAUCAAGGAGAAGACCGGUGGCUGUGUACUCUUUUGUUGCAAAGCGGAUCUCGUGUGGAAUACAGUGCAGCCUCUGAUGCCUACACUCAUUGCCCAGAAUCCUUUGCAGAGCUCUUUACGCAAAGGAGGCGCUGGGCGCCUUCCACAAUGGCCAACAUCAUGGAUCUCCUUGUCAACUACAAGAAAACUGUCGAAUGCAAUGAUAAUAUUUCUGCACUGUACAUAUCAUACCAGUUGAUGUUAAUGGUUGGAACUAUUUUGGGACCGGGGACUAUUUUCUUAAUGCUUGUAGGAGCCAUGGUCUCUGCUUUCGGGAUAUCAAAUUGGUAUUCCUUUCUGGCAAAUCUUGUUCCAAUCGCCUUUUUUAUUUUGCUGUGUUUCUUGGCAAAGAAUGAUACUCAGAUUUUCGUCGCCCAAAUAUUCAGUGCCCUGUAUGCUCUUCUGAUGAUGGCGGUUUUGGUUGGAAUAUCUCUCCAAUUAGUUACCGACGGGGUUACUUCUCCGACUGCCAUCUUCCUUUUAUCGAUGACAGCGAGUUUCAUUAUAGCUGCUUUGGUGCAUCCCCAGGAAUUUUGGUGCGUUAUGCAUGGGCUGAUAUAUUUCCUCAGCGUACCAUCGAUGUAUUUGCUGCUGGCUUUGUAUUCCAUCAUCAACCUUCACGUAGUUUCUUGGGGAACAAGAGAGGUACAAGUGAAGAAAUCUAAGAAACAACUGGAACAAGAAAGAUUGCAAAGUCAACCUAUAGUCGCAAAGCAAGCAGAGAAGAAAGGUGGAGUCUUAGAUUGGAUCAAUAUUUUAAACGACAAGCGAGGGGCUACUGCCGAAGAAGAAGGCAGCAUCACUUUUGGGCUAGCUAAUCUUUUCCGUUGCAUGUGCUGCACUUACCCGAAACCAGAUUCUACCCAAUUACAUAUGAUUCAAAUAGCUGAACAUCUGAACAGAAUUGAGAAAGAAAUAUCCGAUCUUCAGAAACAGAUAGAUACAUCAGCGAAUCGUUUACCUGCAUUCAGACGCAGAUCUGUUCAUGCUCUUCAGAGAGACAAUUUGAAUACUGUUCAAGAAGAUGAACCAAAUUUGGAAGAAAUAAGUGCUUCGGAAGAAGAAACAAGUGACACAUCUGAAGAGCACACUUACAACCAACCAGAGCCAUUAAAUCAAAAUGAAGAAUACUGGAUGACGGAGCCUAUGCUGCAAAAAAGUCCGGUGAAAAGACUCUACCCCAAGGAGACAGAAUUUUGGAAAGAAUUCAUCAAAACUUACUUAGAACCUCUGGCAGAUAAUCCAGAAGAGAAAGCGAAAGUAGCUCAACAACUCAUAGAAUUGAGGAACAAAGUAGUCUUCGGAAUAUUAAUGCUCAAUUCACUUUUUAUACUCAUAGUGUUCCUCUUGCAGAUGCAGAAAGACACUCUAUAUGUGGAGUGGCCUUUAAGCGACAAAGCAAAUAUAUCCUACAUCGCUAGAUUCAACGAGGUGAGGAUUGAUAUCGAAUAUCUACAGUUGGAGCCCAUCAACUUGGUUUUGGUAUUUUUCUUCGCUCUCAUCCUAAUCGUUCAAUUCAUAGCUAUGCUCUUUCAUCGAUUCCAAACUUUGUCUCACAUUCUGGCUUCCACGGACAUGAGAUUAUGUUCCAAAGCAGAAGACAAAAUGGGCAAUCUGAAAGCGGAAGCAGCAGACAUUCUACGAAGGUUGAGCCUCAGAGAUGAUGAUGAGCCCCAAGUGCCUAAUGCACGUAGAAGGCGAAGUACUGUGCAUAUGCUGGACAAGAAGAUGAAAGAUGUUCCAAAGUUCGAAUCGCUGAGUGUUGCAUUGGAGUAUUCUUUGCAGAAGAUUCGAGAAGGAGAUCCAAGAAUAGUUAACCGAGUGAGAAGGAUGAGCAAAAAUCCAGAAGUGAUAGAUAUUUUAAAGAGGAAAACUUCCAUUUUACCCAGAAGAAGCUCCACAGCUCAAAUAUCUAGAGCAUCCACUCCACGCGCUUCCAUGAUUUUUGAUAUGGAACGCUUAGAACGAGAGUUUGGAACACCAAGGGGCAGUUUCAGCAAUUCAUAUAUUAACCAUGCUUAUGAUGAUUCCCUUGACACCGAGAGCGUUCACAGCAUACAAAUGACUACACCAACGAGAAAAUCACCUUUUAACACAAGGAGAAGUUUCGGGAAUCAAGAAAUUCCUUCAUGUCCUGGAUCUUCAAGUUUACAAAGAAAAAUAAUAAGAGCUAAGUAAGAGGAUGGAAUGUUCAUAUACUAAUGCAAAUAAUUGGAAUGUGUCUACCAAGCUAUUGCCUUAAAAGCAAAUAAGAAAUUCAAAUAACCUUGUAAACCCUUUUUUUCAUGCAUGCAGAAGCCAAAGGUUUUAUUGAACUAUGUUUGUUCAUUGACGUAUGCUUGGAAAAAUAUUUUUGUUUUCAAUGUAAUAUGAGAUUAUGUAUUUAU